AUGAAGGCGUGGUUCGAGGUCAUCACCACUCCGACGGCCGAUACGCCGGGAACGGUCAUCGGCCUUCACUUCCCCGACAAGCGUUAUCUGUUCGGUCAACUCGCGGAGGGCACACAAAGAGCCUGCACGGAACGAUCGCACAAGCUAGCGUCGAUCGGGGACAUCUUCGUGACAGGGCGGACAGAAUGGGCGAACACGGGAGGCAUGAUCGGUGUGAUCCUGACGCAGGCAGAUGCACUCAAGUCCUCGAAUGAAGCCCUGGAGGAAGAGAGUCGAAGGAAGGCAGAGCGCCAGGCCGCAGGGACUCAAGCGACGAACAAGACCAGCAAGGAGGCCGCUGCCGCCGCCACGACCGAAGUGCGAAAACAGAAUGUGACGGUACAUGGAGCCACAAACUUGAUGCAUACCUUGGCUACCGCCCGCCGAUUUGUCUUUCGUACCGGCAUGCCGAUUUAUUUGAAGGAGUAUGAUCAUGCGAGUAUGGCGAAGCGACCGGCCUUGAGGCAGGACGAUCCUUUCGAGAAGCCCACUUUUAUCGACUCGAAUAUCAAAGUUUGGGCCCUGCCUCUCAAGCCUCAUUCAUCUGAGGAUAGGACAAUGAACACGCAAAGUCCACGGAAGCGCAGUCUGGACGAGUAUCAAGAGAUCGACCAGCAGCUUGACCAGCAAGUACAAAGCCAGUUGCUCAGGCAAUCUAUUGUCUCCGACAUGUUCAACUCGGACUGGAAAAUGGACACGCUUAUCGAAACACCUUUGCCGGAAGUCAAAAUGCCCGCGGCUUUGUUCGUUCGCAACCCAGAGACCAAAGAUCUCGAGCCUUACAAGGGACCACUUCCCGGCGAUAAGACAGAUUUGCCCAAUAUCAAAGUUCUCGUCAGGAAGCCGUGGCCCGGAGCAACCAUCACUUCCCUCCCACCGACCUCGCCUUCUAAGGAAGCGGUCUCUUACAUAGUCCGCAGCCAUGAUAUCCGAGGCAAGUUUGACCCUAUCAAGGCCAAGAAUCUCGGUGUCCCCAAAGGUGCCGACUUUGCUCGGCUGGCAAAGGGCGAAAGCGUACAGACCGCCGAUGGUAAUACCGUGACCCCAGAGAUGGUUUUGGGCGAGACUCGACGAGGCAAAGGUUUUGCCGUCAUUGACCUUCCCGGGCCAGAGUAUGUGGAAGAACUGGUCAAUCGACCCGAAUGGGACUCACCUUCUGUGACUACCGAGCUCAAAGUGAUCAUUUGGAUAUUGGGACCAGGUGUCGGGGACCAUCCCAAACUCCGCAAGUUUGUUGCUCGCCUGUCACAUGUAAAGCAUACUGUCUCAAGUGUGGACCACUGCCCCAACUACCUCGCCUUUAACAGUGCUGCUGGGGCCGCUGUGCGCCUCGCCCGUCUCAGGGGCGAAAACUAUCCUAUUCCCGUUCACGAUAAUGUCAAGGUCCCGCAGGACGGGGCCGGCUCGUUGUCUGCUCCAGGUACAGAGGAUUCUCCGUUCGAAUCUCUGCGGCCUGGCCUCAUUGUCGAUAUGGAGCCGCAAUUCGGGUUCAACACAAGCGAGGUCGUGACGCCCUUGAACACUGCGAAGACCGUGUUCCAGAUCCCUCGCUCUGUCGAGAAACGCAUGGAAGUCAUUCGCACGCGCGUCAAGAAACCGGCCUUUCAGAAGCAACUUGCAGCGAUGCGCAGGGAUCUUCCUGGGGCUGAUGCCGAAGUCACUGCUUUGGGCACGGGUUCGUCGUCUCCCUCCAAGUACCGUAAUGUAUCUGCCACGCUUCUUCACGUUCCUGGGUAUGGAUACUAUCUCUUGGAUUGCGGAGAAAAUACCCUUGGACAGAUCAGACGUGUGUAUGGACAUGCAAAGACUCAGGAGAUUUUGCGAAACUUGCGCAUGAUCUGGAUCAGUCACCUUCACGCCGACCAUCACCUUGGUACAGCGUCCCUGAUCAGAGCUUGGCAUGAAGAGAACUAUGGGACGACCGAGGCUCAGUCGACGGAGGCUGAACCCGACGUUAGCAAGGUUCUUCAAGGGAAGCGCUUGGCUAUCGUCUCUGACGAGAUGAUGAUCGCUUGGCUAGAGGAGUAUGCUGCCGUUGAGAAUUUCGGUUUUGAUAAGUUGAUUCCGCUGUGCGCGCAUCCAGAUCCAGCUGGACCUUCCAUCAGAACCCGGUUCACCUACCGACACCGUCGCAACGGUGAGGGGCCCUAUGGGGAUCAGUCACUGACAGGACGAACCGUUCUCGACUUCCACGAUGAAGAAUCACCUCUCACGCCGCUUUUGAAGUCUGCUCUGGGCGUAGAGGACAUUCUCACAACCCGUGUGAAGCACUGCAAGGGAGCUCUCGCGGUGUCGAUCGUCUUCUCCGAUGGAUUCAAGGUUUCUUACUCCGGCGAUUGCCGACCAUCUGAUAAGUUUGCAUCUAUUGGCAAGGGCUCGACACUGUUGAUCCACGAAGCUACUUUCCAGAAUGACAUGGUGGGCUCUGCUCUCGCCAAGCGGCAUUCCACGGCGGCAGAGGCUCUCGAAGUGGGCCGUCGCAUGGGGGCUCGCUCCAUUUUCCUCACCCACUUCAGCCAGCGCUACCAGAAGAUCGCACUGGUCGACCAGAAUGCCGGAACCUGCAAGCACGACAGUGCCACUGCUUCGAGCCCUGCCGAGAAAACGGUUGUGGUUCCUGGACCUGCCAAGGAGGCCAACGACCCUGAUAUUCCCUUCGACGAGCCCGAGGAAAAUCAAGCUAGCCUGCAAUCCGCCGCCCAUUUACUUGACGACAUCCACUUCCCACUACCGCACCGACCCGGCCUUCCACGUAGCGAUCUGGUCCCCGGCCGGGACAUUCCUAUUGCCGCGGCUAUGGACUACAUGCGCGUCAAGGUUGGCGACCUAGCGCUGGCGCAGGCCUACGCCCCCGCCGUCGAGCGUCUAGUCGAGCUUCUGGAAAGAGACGUCCUCCAGCAGACCGAAGCUAACAAGAAGAUCAUUCGCGAGGCAGAGCUGGCUCGUAAGGCGCAAAAGAAUAAGAAGUUUGCCAGUAAAAAGGGCGCCAGUGGAGCUGCUGCUGCUGGUGGAGCCGCUGUCGCAGCCGUUGCAGUCGGUCAAGAAGAAGAAGAGAAAAAAGACGAGCCCGCGUCAAACGCGCACUCGAUCUGGAGCGCGAGCGAAAGUGAAGAAGGCUGGGACACCAGUGAUUUUGAGGAGUGA